CCCUCCUCACUCCCUCCAGAGGAGGUGAGUUUAAACCCCGCCCACGUGACCCCAGCUGGGCCAAUGAACGGCGGCGGGAGGUGAAAUCCGGUUCUAACCGGUCCGGGGCUCCCAGCGCUAUAAAAACUUUAUAAACCCCCCGGAGCCCGAGCAGUGUGAAGAAGAAGAGGCAAGAACGACCCCCGGACCGACCAAAGCCCGCGCGCCGCUGCAUCCCGCGUCCAGCACCUACGUCCCGCCGCCGUCGCCGCCGCCACCAUGCCCAAGAGAAAGGCUGAAGGGGAUGCUAAGGGAGAUAAAGCCAAGGUGAAGGACGAACCACAGAGAAGAUCCGCGAGGUUGUCUGCUAAACCUGCUCCUCCAAAGCCAGAGCCCAAGCCUAAAAAGGCCCCUGCAAAGAAGGGAGAGAAGGUACCCAAAGGGAAAAAGGGAAAAGCUGAUGCUGGCAAGGAGGGGAAUAACCCUGCAGAAAAUGGAGAUGCCAAAACAGACCAGGCACAGAAAGCUGAAGGUGCUGGAGAUGCCAAGUGAAGUGUGUGCAUUUUUGAUAACUGUGUACUUCUGGUGACUGUACAGUUUGAAAUACUAUUUUUUAUCAAGUUUUAUAAAAAUGCAGAAUUUUGUUUUACUUUUUUUUUUUUUUUAAAGCUAUGUUGUUAGCACACAGAACACUUCAUUGUUGUUUUUGGGGGAAGGGGGGCAUAUGUCACUAAUAGAAUGUCUCCAAAGCUGGAUUGAUGUGGAGAAAACACCUUUCCCUUCUAGUUUUGAGAGACUUCCUCUUGGCUCCCAGGAGGAGGGAUUCCCUGACUUUGACACACAUGGCCACCUUGGCACAAAAGCCUUGUGGUAUGGAAAAACAAAUUUGUUUUUAUGUCCUCUUCUCCCUUUCCAUCUUUCAGCAUAGACUUAACUCCCUUAAGCCCAGACAUCUGUUGGGACCUGACCCCUAGUCAUUGGUUACCAGUGUGUCAGGCAAUCUGGACUUUCCAGUGAUGCCACUGAGAUGGCACCUGUCAAAAGAGCAGUGGUUCCAUUUCUAGAUUGUGGAUCUUCAGAUAAAUUCUGCCAUUUUCAUUUCACUUCCUGAAAGUCAGGGUCGGCUUGUGAAAAGUUGUUAAACAACAUGCUAAAUGUGAAAUGUCAACCCUCACUCUAAACUUUCCCUGUUCAGAGCAUCAGAUGAAGACUUCAUUGGGUUUUAUAGUGGCUUUCUGAUUUUUGGUAGUCCAUUGAAGAAGGGAGUUUGAAAGUUGUUGUAUACUGUUAACGAUUGUCUGCCCAUGUCCUGCCUGAAAUACCAUGAUUGUUUAUGGAAAGUAUCUUUAAUAAAGCUGGAUACAGUUUGGCUUGGAA